AGGGGCUGGCAGCUCCCCCGGCCCCUCCGCUACGUCAUGGGGCCGGGGGCGGCGGGGGCCUGAGGGCGGCGGGAGCAGCCUCCGCACGGGAGCCGCGGAUCCGGGCGGGGACGGAGCCAUUCCCGGUGCGGGACGGAGCCAUUCCCGGUGCGGGGAUGUUGCUGCUGCGGCCGCCCCCUGCCCCGGUCCCGCCGCGGAGGAGCGCGGCCCGGGCUGCUCCCGCCGCCGCUCUGAUGCCUUCGGCUUUCCCUUGCCGGCUCCCGACGCCCCGGGCAGCCCUGGCCGGUGCGGAGUGAGCGCAGCCCUGCCCCAGCCAUGCAAGAGCCGGAGCGCGGCGUGCCCAGCGCGGCCCCGGGGCAGAGCGGUGUCCCCGCCGCCUCCGCCCGCCCGGACCUGGACACGCGUGAAGGCGCGGGGGGUGACACGGCCGGCUGCCAGCUGUCCCCGGGGUCGGAGCAGGACGGAGCACCCCAGCCCCGGGAAGAGUCCUCGGGAACCCCCCGCGUCCCUCCGCCGGACCCCCAGCGGGUUCACUCCGCACCGGAGCUCGUCAGGCCGCUGCGAGCGAUGGACCGGACAGAGACACCCCCCAAGAGUGGGGCUGACUACAGCUUCCUCGUGAGCCAGAACACAAAGCUCCUGAGUGCACUGGAGGACCUGCGGCACCGCUGCUCCAGCCUGGCCGAGGAGAACAGCUUGCUGCGCAGGAGCUGCUUCCCCCAGACAGAGGAGAAGGUGAAGCACCUGAAGAGGAAGAACGCGGAGCUGGCGGUGAUCGCCAAGCGCCUGGAGGAGAGAGCCCGGAAGCUCCAGGAGGCAAACCUCAAAGUGGUAACUGCUCCGGUGCCUCUGAAGGGCUCCAGCCUGGAACUGUGCAAAAAAGCAUUUGCCCGCCAACGUGCCAAGGACCUGACAGAGCAAGCCAGUGCUCUCCUGGAAAAAGACAAGCAGAUUGAAGCUCUGCAGCAGGAAUGCCGGGAACUGCAGGCUAAACUUCUGGCAGGGAAGGAUGACCCUCGCUGCCUGAACGUCAUCGAGUUUGACCGCCUGCUGCGGGAAUCCCAGCGAGAGGUGCUGCGGCUCCAGAGGCAGAUCGCACUCAAGAAUUUCAAGGAGUGUUUGCGUUCCUCCAAAAUGAGCUCAGGCAGUGCCAUGCCCAGUGCUGCCACACGUCCAGGACCAGCCAAUUCCUGCCUUAAAGGUGCACCUCAACCAAAGGAGGCCUUGGGAGACCCAGUGCUGGGAGGGAGAGCUCGCAGGGAGGUGGAACCAGGUGUGCAACCACUGGGACCUGUCUUUGAAGGACAUGAAAAUUUUCCUCCCAAAAAUGCAGUAACAAACCAGGAGAGCAGCAAACAGAUACAGCAGCUGGAAGUUGAACUCAAGAAAAAGCGCAAAAAAUGUGAAAACCUUGAGCAUGAAGUGAGGAAAAAGCAUAAAAGAUGCAAAGAACUAGAGAUCCAGCUGCAGGAGGUGCAGAAUGAAAAUGCACGACUGGCUGAAGAGAAUUUGCAGCUGAAUCAGAAGGCUGGGUGGGCAGGACAGGUUGAAUCUGAGAAUGCUGACCUGAAACUGCAGGUUGUUUUAGUGACUAAGGAACGGGAUUCAGUAAUUCAGACGAAUCAAGGACUCCAAACCAAGCUGGAGAAUCUAGAGCAGGUGCUGAAGCACAUGAGAAAUGUGGCUGAGCGGAGGCAGCAGCUGGAAGUGGAGCACAAGGAAGCAUUGCUAGUCCUGCAGGAGAAGCAGGAGGAGGUCCGGCGGUUGCAGCAGGCACAGGCAGAGGCAAGAAGGGAACAUGAGGGAGCAGUACAGCUUCUAGAGGCCAGGGUGAAGGAUCUGGAAGAGCAGUGUCGCAGUCAAACAGAGCAAUUCAGCCUCCUGUCACAGGAACUCCAACAAUUCCGGCUUCAAACAGGAAAAAUUGACCUUCUCACCUCCACUCUGGUGACUUCGGAGCUGCCCCUUGCUCUGUGCAGCUCGGCCCCGCAGCCCCGCUGGGAGAAGGAGUCAGCUGUUCCUGGGUUGCUCCCCCAUCAGAACACAAAGAAGGUUCACAAUGAAGGGAGUGACGAGCUGGAGCUGUCGCAGCGGGGGUCGAACACCACCAUGGGCUCCCCAGCUGCUCCCACCAGCGCUCAGAAACAAUCCAAGAAAGGGGAGUCUCAGUCCAGCUCUUCAAAAUCUGAAUCCAUGCAGAACAGCCCAAAAUCCUGCCCAACUCCGGAGGUGGACACUGCAAGUGAAAUGGAAGAACUGGAUGUUGACAGCAUCUCCCUCAUGCCAGAGCCAGGCAGCCAAGGCCCUGCAAAGCUCCAGGUGUUCUUAGCUCGAUACAGCUACAAUCCUUUUGAUGGACCUAAUGAAAAUCCAGAGGCAGAACUUCCACUGACUGCUGGAGAAUAUAUUUACAUCUAUGGAGACAUGGAUGAAGAUGGCUUCUUUGAAGGGGAGCUGAUGGAUGGCCGGCGAGGGCUGGUCCCCUCCAAUUUUGUUGAGCGAGUUUCAGAUGAUGACCUCAUGAUGUUUCUGCCUCCGGAGCUGAAUGAUCUCACCCAUAGCUCAUACCAGGAGAAAAGUUUGGUCAGUGCAAGCACCAGCAGUGGAGAUAAGAGUGAGUUUUCCAUUGAAGAGACUAGCAUCAGUCCGUUGGCCAGCAGAGCAGAAGGAGACCAGGAGGAACCUGUUAGUCACACAGCAGUGCCUUACCCAAGAAAACUGACUCUUAUCAAGCAGCUUGCCAGAAGCAUAGUUGUAGGCUGGGAACCACCUCUUUUGCCAGCUGGCUGCCCAGACAUACAAAGCUACAACAUCUAUGUGGAUGAAGAGCUACGUCAGAACGUGAAGAGUGGCCUUCAGACCAAAGCAGUGAUAGAAAAGCUGGAUUUACACAGCAGGGCUUACCGCGUGUCCGUGCAGACGGUGACGGAGCACGGUAGCUCUGACAAACUGCGCUGCACUUUCUUUGUGGGGCAGGAUUUUGGCAUGGCACCAACGAUGCUGAAAGUCAGAAGCGUCACGGCCACAUCAGCAGAGGUCACGUGGCUUCCCUGCAACAGCAACUACAGCCAUGGGGUGUAUCUCAAUGGGCAGGAGUGUGAUGUGACCAAGCCGGGCGUGUACUGGUACACCUUCCGCAACCUGCAGCCCAGCACGCAGUAUGUGGCCAAGCUGGAGGCCCGGCCCAUGAAAACUCCUUGGGAAGAGGUGCCCAAGGGGCAGGAGCAGGACUCAGCUGUGAUACACUUCACUACCCCUCUAGCAGGCACACCUGAUGCUCCUUUGGAUGUCCAGGUAGAAGCUGGUCCCUCUCCAGGUAUCCUGGUUAUCAGCUGGUUACCUGUGACCAUCGAUGCUGAGGGAUCUUCCAACGGGGUGCGGGUCACUGGAUAUGCCGUGUAUGCGGAUGGACAGAAGGUGAUAGAAGUUACUUCUCCAACUGCUGGGAGUGUCCUGGUGGACUUGUCCCAGCUUCAGAUGUUCCAGGUGUGCCGUGAGGUUUCUGUGAGGACGAUGUCUCAGUACGGGGAGUCCAUGGAUUCAGUUCCAGCCCAGAUUUCCUCGGUCCUGCUGCAGUCCUCCCACUGCACUUCCCCUGUGUGCACCACUGUCCCCUCCAGAGUGCCCCGGGGGGGCCCCAGGGCCUUGCUGCCUACCCGCAGCCCACAGCACACGCUCCCGCUCCAACAGAAAAUUCCUGCUGAGAGCUCAGAUGCCAAAUUGACUGAUUUCUCCUCCAGCCCUGUUGGCUCAGCACAGCCUCUGACAGAAAAAGUCUCUUCCCCACCACACCUCCCCUCUCCUAGUGCUUCCUUGGUGCAGGCUCCAGGCACUUCCCCACAGGGGUUGGACACUGAAGGAGACAAGAAAUGCCUGAGUGUGCCUCCCCAGCAGGCUGGCACAGUGCUCCCAGGGCAGGGCAUGGAGCCUGGGCCUUCCCAGAAACAGGGAAUGCAACCGGGUGAGGGGACACAAGUGCAGAUGGAGCAACCAAGAACCAAAGCACCAGAGCUGGGAAGCCCGACAGACAGCGGGGUGAAGCUCCAAACAGAAACCUGCCACGUGUGCUCUGUGGAGGAGGCACCCAAAGGUCCCAGUGCUGACAUGGAGAGAGAGGCAGAGAAGCACCUGGGCCCACAGCCUCCGUCCUCCCCCAGCCAGGCACGGGGGAUGCAGGACACCUCCCAAGAUGGAAACACGAGCGGGAGCAGCUGCCAGGACUUCCUGAGGUUGUCUCCUGGCAAGGAGGUGAUGAAAGAAAUGUCCAGAGUGAAAAGAGAGCAAGAAGAAAAGCUGUCAGAAAUGGGCCGCCGACAGUUGACCCUUUUCACGGAGCACAACCGGAGUUCUGACCUUUCAGAUAUUUUGGAAGAGGAGGAAGAAGAUGAGCUGUCUUCAGAAGCUCUGGAAGAGAAGUGGGACCAGAGAGAGCCAUGUUCCCAGGAGAAUGGGGAAAAGAUGGAUCUUUGUGAUACUGACAGCGAUGAGGAGAUUCUGGAGAGGAUCCUGGAGCUUCCACUUCAGAAGAAUCACAGCAAGAAACUGUUCAGCAUCCCUGAAGUGACUGAGGAUGAAGAUGAAGACGAGGAUGAGAAGGGUGUUACAGAAGAGAAGACAGACCCUCAAGACUCCCUGGAAACACAAACCUACCAUUCAGGAAGAACAGAGAAACCACCCAACAGCAAGGAGCCAUUUCUAAAGGAAGAUGGGAAUAACACCUCCAUGGAUGUCCCUGCUCAGACUCCGCAGGGGGAGCACGGUGCUAAGGAGAGCAGAGCGGAGGCUGGCUGUGCAAAUCCUGCCUUUGGCCAGCUGUCUUGCAGUCAAAAGAAGGCACACUGGAACUGGGGCUAUCAGGAGAAUGAUCCAAAGUCUGGGAGUGGACCAAGUCCUUGGAGCAAGAAGAAGGGAAAUAAUUAUCGAGAGAAGAUGCGGAGUCGGCCUGAGAUAAGUAGGAAGAGACAGAGUGAUCUAACAGAGCACUGCAGUCGUCUGCUGGGCAACUGCAGCCAGAUGGGGAGUGGGUUAUACAGAGCUCCCAGUCUCAGGGAGGAGCUGAAUGUUGUCAGCAGUGCUGGUGGGAAGGAGGGGUUGGAUUUGUACAGCCGGGCCAGACAAGGCACCUUACGGAAAAAAGCCUCAAGAGCAGUGGGAUCGGGGGAGGCAGAACCAGCUGUGAUAGCAACGCACUGCCCCACCCCCAGGAGCCUGGAAAUAGACAUCGAGUAUGACUCCGAAGAUGAUCAGGAUUCAACCUGCGCAUCCUCCCUGGAGAGCCGGCUGUGGCCAGAGAGGUCCCAGAGCUGCCAGGGGGACUGGAGUGAUUGCUCCAGUCAGUCUGAGGUUGCCCACCUGGGUGGCAGAAGGGACCUGACCAGGCUGGAGAUGAUAGAAGAGCAGGGCAUGGAGUGGGCUGGGUCUCGGAGCCGGCACCUGCGAUUCUUCUGCCGGGAGAAGGAAGACCCAAGGUGUGAGAGCAGUUCUGAGGAGCAGGGCUGGGAGCUGGACUGUAAGUCACCUGGCUGGAGAAGGAGGCUCGAACAUUCUUCGAAGGGGAUACGUAGCACCUCCUUGCACAAAAGGGCAUCCAGUCAUAAAGAUUCCAGGGGCCCAGAGCCACCUGGCACAGCCGCCUGGCAGGCUCCUAGCAGGAGACGGAACAGGAGCGAAAGAAGAAGCCAGAUGCAGAAACCUUUGCUCUCUAGUCCAGGCUUUCCAAGGAGCACUGCCCCCGAGAGCUCUGGCAAAGAUGAUGACAUUCGGAUCUUUGUGGCUCUCUUUGACUACGAUCCUGUCUCCAUGUCUCCUAACCCUGAUGCAGCAGAAGAGGAGCUCCCAUUUAAGGAGGGGCAGAUCCUGAAAGUUUGUGGAGACAAGGAUGCUGAUGGUUUUUACAGGGGGGAAUGUGCUGGAAGGGAGGGAUACAUUCCAUGCAACAUGGUGUCAGAAGUCCCUGUGGAGAGUAGUGAGCUCAAGCAGCAGCUCCUAAAGCAGGGGUUCCUGCCUGCGGACACGGAGAGCUCAGGAAAUGGCACAUUUUCUCCACCUCCACGCCGCCAAACCGUCCCUCCUCCAAAACCCAGACGCUCCAAGAAAGCAGGGCUGGACAAACAGGAAUGUAAGUCUCAGCCAGGGCAGAAACAUAAAGACAUAGAAACAGAGCUGCUGACUCCUCGCAGGAUGGUGGCUGCCUUUGACUACAACCCGAAGGAGAGCUCUCCAAACACAGAUGUGGAGGCUGAACUGACCUUCAGUGCCGGGGACGUUAUCACUGUCUUUGGGUCCAUGGAUGAUGAUGGAUUCUACUAUGGAGAACUGAACCAACAGAGAGGGCUUGUCCCAUCCAACUUCCUGGAAGCUGCCCCUUUGGAUGGUGACACAGCCAAGGAAUUCCAUUCAAAAGAUAAAGAAGCUUCUCCGCUGAGUGCAGAGAGCCAGCUAAAUCCAGAUGGAUCUGUUGAUCAGAGCAACUCCUCUCCAUCUCCUCCUCUGCCAGCACCUUCCUGCCUUGUCCCAGGCGAGCAGAGUCCAGAGCAGGCAUCACUGGCCCUCCUCACCUGCAGUGAUGCACCUGGGCAGAGUAAAAAGAAGAGAGGCUUCUUCUUCAAGGGGAAAAACCUCUUCAAAAGACUUGGGUCCAAUAAGAAAAACUAACAAGGGGUUUGUUUAUUCCAUCCGGGCUGCCCACACAGCCCUAGAGACUGAGAGUUCAGGAGAAGCCCUCUGCAAUAAGCUGAUUAUUUUCAUAGGAAAGAAGUAUGUGUUGAAUAGAGAAAACUGGAGGGUGUGGGGGCUGAGAGCCCCCGGGGAAAAAGUGUGAGAGCUCAGCUCCGGGAUCCAGCAUGUCCUGCUCCAUGCAGCCCUCGGUGCACUGGUUCCCUGUAAAUAUUUUAAUUUAACGAUUAUAUUCUGGCUGUAAGUUAGCUAACUGGCUUUUCCCAGCAAAGCCCCAGCCCCUUAGGAGAGAUCCCAUGUACUCCACACCUUGAUAUUUCUCUGCUCCAAAGGAGGUUGUGUCAACUCCUUCACUUCCUGCAAAGAAAAUUUGCACUUUUUUGUUUUCUGUGACUUCCCUUUGCUGUCUCUGGGCUGAUGAGUGAGUUCUUAUUUGUACUGUAACCCUGUAAAUAUGCAGCUGUGCCUCGGAGCAUCCCACACUGCCUCAGUCAGCUUCCAGCACGAGGAUCCCCGGGGAGGAAGGAGCCCUGGCAGGGUCGGUUCUUCAGCGUGGGGGUGGGCUGCUAUCAGCUGCUCUUGCCUGGUUCACCUUGACCACGCACUGGCUGGGGACUCCGCCUUAUGAUUUAUUUAUCUAUUUAUUUAUCAAUUUAUUUAUUUAUCUACCUAUUUAUUUAUUUAUUUGUCCGUCUGCCUCUCUUCACGGUUCUGUUCAGCUGUGUCUGUGAGCUGCUCCCAAGCCAGAGUGUUGGGAGAGCAGUGCUGGGGCUGGGCAGCUUGCACUGUUUGUGUAGGAGAUGAUGUGUUCCUGCAGUUGAGACGCAGCCCUGUCCAAGCAUGGAGGGUUUUGUAUGCCAUGGUUUCUGUCCCUCCCCGUGUUUCUUUCUUUGCAUGUUCCAGUGGGUCCUUGUUCUGAGCAGGGCAAUUCCAUGAGCUCCGUGAGUGGUGCCAGCACAGCGGCCAUGAGUGGUGGUGGUAUGGUAUGUUUUUAUUUAAUAUCAAAUUUUAUUAUAAUAAAGUCUAUUUUCACAAAAAUACAUUUUCCUUAAAAAA